UCUUGGUUUAUUGUCCUGAAAGCUGUUUUGGUACAGUGAGACCAACCAGACAGCAAAAACAGCAUCGCAAUAUUUGCAACAGCCUUGAUUUCGCAAGGAGAUAAAUAGCUACACAAGUCACAAAGUAGCUAAAUUGACUAUCUACAGUGUCAAACACAGUCAACAGUGAUGCCUUCCGACAGACCUUUCAAACAAAGAAGGACAUUUGCUGAUCGCUGCAAAGAGGUACAGCAGAUUCGAGACCAGCACCCCAACAAAAUCCCGGUGAUCAUCGAGAGGUACAAGGGAGAGAAGCAGCUUCCUGUGCUGGACAAGACCAAGUUCCUGGUCCCAGACCACGUCAACAUGAGCGAACUGGUGAAGAUUAUCAGGCGCCGGCUCCAGCUGAACCCCACGCAGGCCUUCUUCCUGCUGGUGAACCAGCACAGCAUGGUCAGCGUGAGCACGUCCAUCUCCGAGAUCUACGAGCAGGAGCGCGAUGAGGACGGCUUCCUCUACAUGGUCUACGCCUCCCAGGAGACCUUCGGCUGCUAGGGAGGGCUCCGAGCAUGGAGGGAGGGAGGGAGG